GGUAAAUGUGUAUGUGUCGCAUCACUAACGUUAAAUAACACAAGCCCGCAAAUACUUGUUGUGGAAUUUAUUUUUUAUGCUGCGUAAAUUGAAUGUGAAAUGUGUGUAUAAACUAUCCAAAUGUUAAUAAACACGUGAGAAAAUGAUAACAUUUGGCGGUGGGAACAGUUCCACGACGUUAGAAGAUACAGGGGAAGUGAGGAGUAUCUGCGAGAGUGUGUGCAGUGAUGGGUCCAGUGCGACUGUCCAGCCGGGGGGCUCCAACCAGAGGCCCCGGAUGGACAUAGCAUGUGUACUCGAUAUAACCCAAACAUCAAAUCUAGCUCACAGAAAAAGAGCUUUGGAAGAAGUACGACUGGCAUCUGAAUUGGUCAAUGCCAAUUUACAUCACAUACAUUUUGAAAAGUUAGACUUCGGUGAGACAAAUGUGCUGGACACAUUUUACAAUGCUGACGUUGCUCUGGUGGACCUCAGUUUGCAGCUGCAACAGAGUUCGCUGCUGUACCACUUGGGGGUUCGGGAGAGCUUUGAUAUGAAGGAAAAUGUUCUGCUAUACAAUGACGUUGAUGCUGAUUCUACGCUGAGACUUAAGUUAUCACUACCCAACUUCCUGUUCGUUUCGUACAAGCUGACUGAUGUCGGUACUUGUGUGACGACGAAUCCUGCAGCGACCAAGUUCAAGGGCGACGAUUCUGCGGACCCUAAACUCCAUUUGACCUUGAGACUCAAGAAUAUAUUGCAAGAUGUUGAAGUACAAACGAAAGCCCAUCUCCAAGAGAAAUUCCUAUCGGACCUCCGUAAAGCCAGAGAGACAUACUCUGGGCAGGAGCUUGCCAACAUGCUACACGCAAUGCGACGGCGUCUCGACGACCCAGCUGUUCUCUCCGGAGACACGAUCCUCAACAUGCUAAUAUCCUACCGUGAAAUACAAGACUAUGACGCUAUAGUGCAGGUCGUUGAUGAUCUGAAGACCAUUAUGAAUAGGAAGAACUAUGUCAAUAUGCCUAUCAUUAGGUUUUUGUAUGCGUUUGCUAUGAAUAGGCGGAAUAAAGAAGGUGACAGAGAGAAUGCUCUCAAAGUAUGCGUCAAGGCGUUGGAGAAGAAAGAGAAUCGAUUCCCUGAUAUGCUGUGCCUAUGCGGGCGUAUAUACAAGGACAAGUUCGUUGAAUCUCAACACUCGGACAAGGAAAGCUUGGACAAUGCUAUUCAUUGGUACAGACAGGGUUUUGAAGUGCAACCAAACGAAUACGCGGGAAUUAAUUUAGCAACACUUUUAGUAAUAGCUGGUAAUGACUUUAAGAAUUCUCAAGAAUUACAACAUAUUGGUAUGGUAUUAAAUCAUUUAAUAGGUAAGAAAGGCAGUCUAUCCUCACUCAAAGACUACUGGGACGUAGCCACCUUCUUCGAGAUAUCAGUACUGGCCCAAGACUACGUGAAAGCGAUACAGGCAGCAGAAUGUAUGUUCAAACUCAAACCACCGAAUUGGUACCUGAAAUCCACUAUUGGAAAUAUUGAAUUAAUUGAUAGAUUGUUUUCCAGGUUUAGGAAGAGUGAGGAGACAUCACCAGAACAACAAGUUUUUUCUUUCUGGAUGGAGUACUUCGUAGAGGCAACUAAGAGCGAGUGUGAAAAUAUUAUUAGAUUUCCUGUGUUAAUCUUAGAAACAACAAAGGUAUAUAUGCCGUCGUACGUGAACGUCAAUAUGGGUGCUGAACAGAAGUCCGUGGAGAUUCUCAACUUAUGUCUCGACUCUAUGCGCGGCGAGUGCCGGCAGGUGCAUCGAUGGCUGUUCACUUCUGAUAUGAUUAGGAGUUAUAGUCUAUACAAACGUGACGAGCGCUGUCUAUUCUUAUACGUGAGCGAGAAUUCCGAUGACUUCCAAAUCUUCCUACCAUCGCAAGCUUGCCGCCAGAGACUACACGACCUGCUUGGUGAAUUAACAGCUGAUCACGAGAAAGUUACUGACUUAGAUACCAGUGUUAUGCAGGAUCAGGUUAAGUUCGAGUACGAGCUGGACGACAACAACAAGCGCGUGGUGCUGGGCAAGGGCACGUACGGCGUGGUGUUCGCGGCGCGCGACCUCAGCACGCAGGUGCGCAUCGCCGUCAAGGAGAUCCCCGAGCGCAACCUCGGCGACGUGCAGCCGCUGCACGAGGAGAUCCUGCUGCACUCGCAGCUCCGGCAUCGGAACAUCGUGCAGUACUUAGGUUCGAUAUCAGAGGACAACUACUUCAAGAUCUUCAUGGAGCAAGUACCUGGAGGAUCUCUUUCCGCACUGUUGAGGUCCAAGUGGGGACCGCUAAAGGAAAACGAGGCUACCAUCGCGUAUUAUACAAAGCAGAUCUUGGAAGGUCUAAAAUACCUGCACGACCAAAAGAUCGUGCACCGCGAUAUAAAAGGCGACAACGUGCUAGUGAACACGUACAGCGGCGUCGUGAAGAUCUCUGACUUCGGCACGUCCAAGCGCCUGGCCGGGCUCUGCCCCUCCACUGAGACCUUCGCGGGCACGCUGCAGUACAUGGCGCCGGAGGUCAUCGACAAGGGCCAGCGGGGAUACGGGGCGCCCGCCGACAUCUGGUCGCUGGGAUGCACAGUGGUAGAAAUGGCAACAGGAAACCCACCAUUUAUAGAAUUAGGAUCACCUCAGGCAGCUCUUUUUAAGGUAGGAUACUACAAGAUGCAUCCAGAGAUCCCGAGCGAGCUCUCGACUAAGGCAAAGAGUUUCAUACUGCGGUGUUUCAUCCCCGAACCGGAACAGCGAGCCACCGCCGCUGAACUAUUGGAGGAUCCCUUCCUUUGCGAAAAAAAGAAGCCUUCAAGUCGAUUAGGCAGUAACAUGGACUUUAGCAGGAGUAUAUCAGUUCCAGCUGACAAAGCUCGCCCAGUGACGGCGCAGAAGAAAAUCUCCGAGCCUUGUAUAGCCAACAAUCUACCUAGUUCUCCGGAAAUCGAGGUGAAAACGAUCCGGUCUAAUCCUACAAUCACUAGGACGGCUUCGUCGAUGCUCUCACCGAUACUGAUAUAUCCACCGGACUUGUCCAGUAGCAGUACUUUACCUAAUACGCCGUCGACGGAUGAAAUGGAAGGCAGUGAUACCCUCCUCAAUCGAAGAAGUUCAUCGGGAGGCUUGCUGUCGCCAGAAGUGGACAUGCCAAACGUACCGCGUUGUUCGAUAGACGGUCCGGAACAUGACGGCUUUUACUUACUCAAGAAGGACUCACAGAGACGGCUAACACUAUCCCGUGUGUUAGAGCAGGACAGCGAGAUGAUCUGUUCUAAGUGGAUGCUGAGUGUUCAUCAAGACUUCGGAACUACUGUACUCACUAUGAACCAUCUAGAAACUCUCCGUUGUGCUUUAAAGGACUACAUAAUGGAUCAAGACAAGAGCGUUAUAGAGCAAGCUAUAACUAGUCUGAAGGAAGAAUUGGACUUUGAUUCGAAUGCCAUAAAUGAGUUACAUUCAGCCAUAUACAUGUUCCAAGAGGCUGUGAACGCGGUACUUAGGAUGCACAGCAUAAAACCUCAUUGGAUGUUCGCUUUGGAUAAUUUAGUGAGGAAUGCUGUUCAGGCUGCUAUCACUGUUCUAUCUCCAGAGCUGGGUGCCAACCUAGCGGGUCAGGACGGACGCAGAGGCGGCGCAGCCCCCGCGGCCGACAUCACGCCCUCCGCGCUCUCCUCAGCCAACUCCGCCAGAGAAACACACGCCUUGCACGCAUUGAGACAUGAAAAUCAAAAAUUACAUCAGGAGUUGUUAGAGAGCUAUCAACAGUACCAGAGUCUACUGCGGCAGAUGUUGGAGGAACAGAAGACUCAUACAAUGAUCCUUAGAGAACUAGUCGAUAAGAAGUCUCGUACCAGCACUCCAGAAGUGGUAGUAAGCGAGUGUCCGGCAAGUAGCUCAGCCGAGACCAGUGACGUCAUUGAUAGUGAAACAGAUCUAGAAGAGGCAUCGAAGCUUCGAGAAUGGGUAACGGCCCGAGGUUUACCGAUACAUGUUGGCACUGUACUGUUAGAGCAACGCUACGCGCUGGCAGAUCUACUGCAACACGCGCAGAGGGAGGACAUAUCUAGGCUUAAUCUUAAAGGAGGCAUCGAACUCCGACUAUGGCGAGCGAUACAAGAACACCGCCUUCACAACAGUCCCAACCACUUACGUCGAACAAGUAGUACAGAAACAGACAUGGACACAAACUCCAUCGUCGUAGUAGAGUGCCAGCGAUGUAAAACAACCAGAAGAACAUUAUCCAACAACUCUUCGUGCUCUAACAACCCAACUAUAGUCAUCAGAGAUCAGCAAGUGAACGGAGAUGAGAGCGUAGCUGAGUACUUGGAGAACGGCGUCGUCAACCUUUGACUACUGCGCGGAUGGUGCACUCUGCAGUAGAGGUCUAUCAAACGACCAGUGACAGUCGGUAACAUGUUCAAACUAUUUCAACACCGAUAUUAGACUUAAAUUCGUUGUAAUAAAGCUGCAAAUGAUUUGCGGUUGAUUGAAUUUUAAGUAGUUAAACCGCGAUUAGACUCAACGCUGUCUUAAUAAGCUAAUAUUUUUUGUAGCUACAUUUAAUGAUGUUUAAUAUUUUGGUAAGCUUUGGUCAAGUUGUGUGCAUUGUUUGAGUGUCUGAGCGUCUACCAAUACGACUUUAACUAGUAUUAUAGUUGUGGAAACGUGACAGCGCAAGAAACGGCGUAGAGCGCCAUCUCUGUCCCACACACUCAAUAUUACUUGAAGACGUGAUGGUAAGCCGUAAUCGGACUUCUAAUACGUAUUUUAAUAACACAGUAACGCACUUGGUUAGUAAUGUAAUUCGUAAUAAUUAGUAGUGUUACUUACGCUUAGCUAAAAUGAAAGUAUUUUUUGAACAUAGUUGCUCAAUACUGUAUUAACAGACUUGGCUUAAACUGGUCGUUCUUGGUUGUGUCGUUAAAGUGAUAAGCAAUUUUUCGAGACAAUAUUGUUUAUAUUUUGAUAGAUUGAAAAAGAAUAUGGUGAUACCGCAAAACGAACCUAUUUUAGUGAUUUGGAUGUAACAAUUAAACAAUAACGAACUUUAUGCCCAUAUACUUUGAAGCCAUUUCAGAAAGUCCGGUGAAGCUGUUAAACCCUGUACUCAGAUUGAUAGCAUAGGUCUGAUAAAAACUAUCAAAAUACAAUUGUACUUAUGGUUAUUGACCAGUGUUUCGAGCAAAAACAAACAAUUCAGCUAAAAUUGCUACACAAUUAUCGACCGUAUUAAUUAAGGGAAUACCAGAAUUAUGUGCAUACAUAAAAUCGUUUUGUGGUAAAACCAAUUUUUGGUAUUUAGUGUUCAUUUGAAUGAAGGGAAUGAGUGAAUGAAUACGUCACAAAUAUAUCUGACGGUCAUAAAACACACGUGUGCUAUAGAUAUAACAAAAUUUAAUACACAAAUAGGAAUUCAAAAUUCCAUAAGAUAGUUUGUUGAAAUUGCUAUUGCUGUUAAUAUAAUAACGAAAACCGCUUGAGGCCUUGAGUGUAUCAUCCGAAUAAUUAUGUAAAUAUAGAUAUAUUUAUUAAUGUUACUAGUCUUUUGUAAAUAUAUAUUUUUUGUUAUUAAGCAUAAUAUUAGGCAGAAACGCAGAUUUUUUUUUAAAAGAUUGUUGCACAAAGAUCAGAAUGGUGCUACAGUGUUGUGAUGGUAAAAUAAGUGCCUUGUUAAUGCUUGGUUUGUGUUGCCACAAAUAAAAAUUAAACACAUUUGUCAUAUUUUUUGAAUGUUGACUGAUUCGAACGAAAGUUAAACUAAAAAUGUAGCGCCUUUUGCGUUGGUUAUUUUCAAUCACAAAUAAAACGUAAUAUUUAUUCUCAUCCAUUAAGUAUAUACCACUUUAAAACAAAAUCUGUCAAUUACAGUAAACGCGAAUCCAAACAACGUAACACUUUACAAAUCACAUAAAAGCAAUGUUAUUUUUACAAUAAUAAUUAGAACGUAAACAAAAUAUUAAUUAAUUUAAGUAUCUCACGUAUAACAGUCACAUUCGAUCAUGCAUUAACUAUUUAUAAAUGCCCCACAAAAUCUUAUAUACACAAUAAUUAAGAAGCUAUAUUCUUUUGAGUGCCAUUACAUACAUAUUUAAUAGCGUACUAUAUUUUCAUAAGAUAAUAUUUACUGUUAUUAACUAAAGAUUUUAUUAAAACGUAAAUAUAUUUCGUGAUCUGAUCGUGAAAGGCUUAAUCAAUAAUUAAUUAAUAAUAUAGCUAGUAUUACUAAGAUAUUGAAUCGAUUAUCUAACCUAAAAACAAACUUAGUGUUUUUAGAUAUUCAACCAAAUAUUUGCCUGUAUGUUGUGUACGUAACAAAUGAUACAGCGUGUAUAACGACUGCCUUACGACGUCACACCACCAUAUUGUUAAAAAUGGGGUAUUUGACUAAAAAAAACUAAGAAGUCCGUCAGAUAGGUUUCCAUCGGUUUUAUCACAUCAAUGAAAAGCUAUGAAGAUAAAAAAGCAC